UUGAAAAACCCACCAUAGUAUUGCUAUGAGAAAGAUUAAAAGAUCCGCGGGUCUGUAUAACAAAAAAGACUGUGGAACGAUAGAAAAUGGCGUUGAUUACAAUAUUAUUUUGCGUGUUAUUUACUGCAAAGGUUUCUUUGUCAGCCAACUGGACUGAGUGGCAAGACGCGACCCUGUGUAGCGCACCGGCCUGUAAUUGUCUCGGGCAUGAACACAUUGCAGGAGGAGACAUAUGCAAAGAAGGGGAAAAACUCCAGGUGCGGAUCUGUGUACGGGAGGAGGGCGAGAUCACCCCGUGCGAAUACGGGGACAAGGGUCCCAUCAGAAAGGUGACGUGUAAGGCCUCCAGUGAUAAUUGCCCGGGAUGGUCCGCGUGGAACAGCAUUACGGCCUGCGACUGCCCGCCGUACAAUAAUGAUGGACGUCAAACUUACGAAAGAGAGUGUACGAACCCAUCACCUACGUACGGAGAUUUGGGAUGUUGGGGAGGUAUGGGUUUCGAAUUAAAACAAACCAAUCAAGAAAACUGCAAAUGUGAUGUUAUUCAAACCACACCGAAACCGACAACGACAACAACAACAGAGGCACCAAAGUUACCGUGCUGUUGCGAUUAUGAUGCGAGUGAUGAUAGUGAAGACAAAGGAUUACUGUUUGGUCGCCGGAGACGUUCCGCGGACUACGAGUACUGUGACGAUGACCCCGACUGUUGCGGUAGCGCUACAGCGACGCCUGAUUAUCCAUCCUAUUGAACCUUAUGAAUAUAUUUAAGACUCGCUACCUGUUAUUGUCGCUUGCUAAUUCUUUUUUACUCGGUAUGUAAUUGGGUAGGAAUUGCUGUAAGUGAAUCAAUGCUGCCGGGAGGCUGUUUGCGCAUGGUCGAGCUUUUACAAAUCCCCCUCUUCAAUUUUGGUAUGGCUACACAUACUCAAUGAUGUACAUUUAUAAUUGUAUUUUAGGAAUCAGGAUAAUAAUGCAGAUAACUGUUUAUACUAGAUACUUUAUUGUCACAAUUGUCACCUGAAAUAAACUUGAUAAAAUAGA